GUGGACGCCGAGGCCCUCGCCUUCUGGAGCAAGGCGUCCACGGCGGCCCUCUCGGCCGGGACCCUGGCGGCCGCCGUGGGGCUCGGCGCCUGCGCGCCGCCCACCCAGGGCCUCGCGGAGGCCGCGCCGGGGGAGCUGCUGGCGGUGGCCGGGUUCGCCGUGUGGGACGGCGCGGUGGUCAAGGGGCUGGGCAGCCUGUGGCUGGUGGGCGCCUACCAGGCGGUGACCCCGAGCGAGGCCGAGGUGGCGCUGGCGACCAGCCCUCUCUGGUCGCUGCUGCGGGCGGUGCUGCUGCUGGGGGAGCCCGCCGGCCCCGAGACCGCGGUCGGCGCCG